ACUAUGCUAAACAUAGUCACUGUUACACGCUUAUCAAUUAAAGCAAUAUUAAAGUGACAACAUGUCUCUUCUGCAUUUCUUUACUUGACUUUGUUGUCCUUCCAUCACUUUCUCUCUCUCAACUUUCUUUCGCUAUAGGUUUGUGUUCAGUUACAGCAUUUGGAAGAAGCAAAAGGGUUGGUGGUAGCUGAAAUUCACACUCACAACAGCAAAGCUUUGUCAUAGAAUAAGGCAUCAAAGGUUUUCCUGAAUUGGGUUCUCAGCGAAUCAGGAUCUGCUGCUUGCUUCAGUGCUCCACUGUUUUGUUUUGUCUUCUAGCUUCUUCUGGAGUUUUCCAUGGAGAGUAGUGGCAAGAUGGAAGACUAUGAAGUGAUUCAGCAAAUUGGAAGAGGAGCACUUGGUGCAACUUUUCUUGUUCUACACAAGAUUGAGAAAAAGAGGUAUGUGCUGAAGAAAAUUCGCUUGGCCAAACAAGCAGACAAGUCCAAAGUGACAGCUCAACAAGAGAUGGACCUGAUAGGAAAACUAAAUUACCCUUAUAUUGUGGAGUACAAAGAUGCUUGGGUGGAGAAGGAAGACUACAUAUGCAUUAUAACUGGCUAUUGUGAAGGAGGUGACAUGGCUGCGAAUAUAAAGAAAGCUCGGGGAUCUUAUUUUUCGGAGGAGAAAGUCUGCAAAUGGUUGACUCAGUUGUUACUAGCUGUUGACUACCUUCACUCCAAUCGGGUACUCCACAGAGAUCUUAAGUGUUCCAACAUAUUCCUUACCAAAGAAAAUAACAUUCGGCUAGGUGAAUUUGGUCUUGCGAAGCUUCUUAACGAAGACCUUGCUUACCCGGCUGUUGGAACUCUAAACUACAUGUGUCCUGAGGCCAUUGCUGGUAUGCCUUAUGGUUAUAAAUCUGAUAUGUGGUCACUUGGUUGCUGCAUGUUUGAAAUUGUUGCACAUCAACCGGCAUUUCGUGCUCCAGACAGGGCUGGACUUAUCAAUAAAAUAAAUAGAUGCUCCAUUUCUCCUCUACCAAUUGUUUACUCUUCCACACUGAAACAACUUAUCAAGAGCAUGCUGAGGAAAAACCCAGAACAUAGACCAACAGCAUCUGAAUUAUUAAGGCAUCCUCAUUUGCAACCUUUUGUUCUCCGCUGUCGUAAUGCAUCAUCUAUUUUUCUACCGGUACAUCUUAUAUCUAGUAACUCAAACUCAAAGGAAAAAACAAAAAACAAAUCUAGUGGUGAUCAACACCUUUGGGACAAGGAGGCAGGAUUAGCAGGAUUAGUAAAUCGUUUGGAGCGAAUUUAUCCAAUUGAGGGAAAUGGAGAUGUACAGACACAGAACCGGCCUAAUGAUGGCAAGCUAGCAGUGUCAACCAGUGCAGAAGACAACCUUGAGAUUAAAAUGGUUGAUUCUACCAGCAACACUGUGGAAUUUUCUACUAGUAUUAGUGGCUCGAAAGAUGGCUCAACAACAUCUGAAUCAACCGUAUGCAGUGUGUGCAAGGAAGGAGACUUUAAAAAUAGACUUGCAAGGGACGCGGCUGACAGCGAGAUCACUUCAAAGAGUACACUAGAUUCUGUGCUUGAAGAACAAGGAUUUGCUGCUCAUAAGUCAUAUGCAGCUGACAUAAAUGAAGCAAUUAAUCAAGUUGAAGAUACUUUUUUCAAUGAAGACUUAAAUACAGAUGAAGCACUGAGUGAAGGUGCCAAACCUGAGGACUCCAGUAAAUCAAUAAUGUCCAGUGAAGACAGCAACAGUAAUGAUAAAGAUGAGUCCAUUGAUGAAAUCACAUCAAAGAGUACUCUAGAUUCUAUGCUUGAUGAACAAGGAUUUACAUCUCAACAUUUUCAGAACUCAGAUGUGAUUGACACAGAUGCAGUGGCUACAAAAGUUGAUGAUAAUUUUUCCAAUGGUUUUGAUCAAACUGAAGCAGAGAGGGAAAAUGCCAAGUCUGAUGACUCCAGAAAAUCAUUAGCAUCCAUUGAAAACAGCAACAGUAAUGUUAAUGAAGGAUCCAUUGAUAAGAUCAUAUCAAAGGGUAUGCUCGACUCUAUGCAUGAAGAGCAAGGGUUUGCUGCUGAACAUGUUCAGAAGUCAGAUGUGAUUGACCUCAAUGCAGUGGCUACAAAAGUUGAAGAUAAUUUUUCCAUUGAAGAUUUUGACAAAACUGAAGCAGAGAGCGAAAAUGCCAAACCUGAGGACUCCAGAAAACCAGUAAUGUCCGGUGAAAACAGCGACAAUAAUGAUGAAGAUAGGUCCAUUGAUGAGAUUGCUUUAGAGAGUACGCAUGAUUCUGUGCAUGAAGGGCAAGGGUUUAUAGCUGAACAUGUUCAAAAGUCAGAUGUUGACAUAAAUGCAGCAACUUCAAAAGUUGAAGACUUAUUUUCUGAUGAAAGAUUUGAUAAAGCUGAAGCACAGAGGGAAGAUACCAAGCCUGAGAGCUCCAGCAAAUCAAUAAUUUCCUGUGAAAACAGCAAUGGUUACGAUAAAGAUGGUUCUGGCGAUGAGAUCACGUCCAAGAGUAUGCUAGAUUCUGUAUGUGAAGAACAAGGACUUGCUGCUGAUCAUUUUCAGAAGUCUGAUGCAAUUGACAUAAAUGCAGAGACUACAGAAGUUGGAGAUAAACUUUCCAAUGAAGGUUUUGAUAAAGCUGAAACACAGAAGAAAGAUGCUAAACCUGAGGACUCCAGUAAACCAAAAUCCAUUGAAGACAGCAACAAUAAUGAUAAAGAUGGGUCCAUUGAUGAGGAAAGUUCAUCACCAAUUGCACAUCCUGUUAGGGUUGAACAUGACACUGAAACUGGAAACAGCUUGAAGGAAAAUGAAAAUCCUGAAGCAUUUAUGGAAGGCUCAUGCAUGGACAGCUUGACUUCUGAGAGUGACAAAACACAUACGUUCAGUUGUUCAACGCAUAAAAAAGAUGACAAUGCCGUUGUUGCCGAUAAGCCACCCAAUGGCAUUUCAAUAAGGACACGUAUAUCAAGAGGCAGUGAUAGUACCUGCCAGCAAAGAGCUGAUGCUCUAGAAUCUCUGCUCGAGUUAUGUGCACAGCUACUUCAGCAAGGAAAGCUUGAAGAGCUUGCUGCUGUGCUGAGUCCAUUUGGAGAAGAUGCUGUAUCUGUAUCAUCCAGAGAAACAGCAAUAUGGCUUACAAAAAGCCUCAUGGCCUCACAAAAACUUAAUCCUGAAACAUAGUUUGUGAAAGGUGCUGUGCUGCAUAUUAUUUAUACAUUAUUGUAAGCAAAACGUGUAUUUCCAAAUGUUACAUGAGUUUGUUUCUUUGAGACUUUUGCUUGAUUGAAGAUUCGAGGCUGGAAAAUAACAUCCCAUAUAUUCUUUGCUGGUAAACGGUGUAUUGUAAAUGGAUUAAAUUAUAUUUGAAAUGGUUGGGUUGAAUAUUAAUUGGUGUUUUUUUGUAAG